CAUCAUUAGAAGGUUCUGAGAUUCUUGUUUAGUAAAGAAUUUUGUGAAUUAGUGUGUGGUAAUUGUAUUGUGACAAUACAAUCCGAAGAUGCCGCUCUUCGGUAAAAAGGAUUCGAACAAAAAGAUAAAAAAGGAUGGGAAAGAUGAUAGAUCACCGUCUGUCGAAGACAAAUACAUCCUAAAGGAAUUACUUGGAACGGGUGCUUUUUCUGAGGUACGUUUAGCAGAAAGUAAAGAAAAAUCUGGACAAAUGUUUGCUGUGAAAAUCAUUGAUAAGAAAGCAUUGAAGGGAAAGGAAGACUCUUUAGAAAAUGAAAUCAGAGUGUUACGAAGGUUGACACAUCCAAAUAUUGUUCAAUUAUUAGAAACAUUUGAAGAUAAACAUAAAGUUUAUUUAGUUAUGGAAUUGGUUACUGGUGGAGAACUGUUUGAUAGAAUUGUUGAAAAAGGUUCCUACACAGAAAAAGAUGCAUCAGGUUUAAUAAGACAAGUUUUAGAAGCUGUGGAUUAUAUGCAUGAUCAAGGUGUGGUACAUAGAGAUCUUAAACCUGAAAAUCUUUUAUAUUAUAGUCCAGAUGAAGAUAGUAAGAUUAUGAUUAGUGAUUUUGGCCUAUCAAAAAUGGAAGAUUCUGGUAUUAUGGCAACUGCAUGUGGUACUCCAGGAUAUGUUGCUCCAGAAGUAUUAGCACAAAAACCAUAUGGAAAAGCUGUGGAUGUAUGGAGUAUAGGAGUCAUUUCUUACAUUUUGUUAUGUGGUUAUCCACCAUUUUACGACGAAAUCGAUGCGAAUUUAUUUGCACAAAUCUUAAAAGGUGAAUUUGAAUUUGAUUCGCCGUACUGGGACGAUAUCAGUGACUCUGCAAAGGAUUUCAUUCACAAAUUGAUGUGCGUCAAUGUCGAAGAGCGCUAUACUUGUAAACAAGCCCUUGCACAUCCUUGGAUAUCCGGCAAUGCGGCUAGCAAUAAAAAUAUCCAUGGCUCCGUAGGAAAGUCUUCCUCUUCUCUCAUGGUUGCAGCAAGCCUAUCACGCAGCCACGGUCAUACGUCAAAUGCAACGGCUGGCACUCAACAGCGGCCAGCAGCAACAGGGCUCAGGAUCAACAGGCCCCUCCAGCGGCAACCCCAUGCCAUACCCCGAUCAAUCGCAAUCGAACCCCAGUCACCAAACCAGAUCAGUGGAGCCUUCGACCAACCUCAACUGAAGGAAAUACGCGAGUCACCAUUGCAGGUGUCAAACUUGGUGGCCUCAAAUCCUGUUCCCAUUCCGAUCACUCCAAAUUCACCAUUAUACUUACGCAACAAACGCUUCAAGCUGUGGGGUAGCACACGCACUACUCUGUCUACUCUAUUUCAAACAAAUGUAUCGUAUCUUAGAAAGCAAAGAAAGUAUAAGAAAAGCUGAGUUACGCUACUAAGUUUCUUGUAAUGAGGAAUAUUGAAGGCGUUGGGUGGUUGUUUAUCCUCUUGCCGAAUAUUAUUCAAAUACUGGUAAGAGUUUGUAUAGAUACCAGCUAAUUCGCUUUAUUGUGGUUUCCUAUGAUAUGGUUACCACCGAUUAUGUAUAAUGCAAAACUGCGCGCGCCCGCCCGUCCGCGCACGCACGCACGCACGCACGCAUGCAUGCGCCCCCCCCCCC